AUGGACGGAGAGCUCGUUGUCGCGGAUGCUACCAGGGAUGCCGCUAGAGACGACGAACAUUUGGCGAUCCUCAUCUCCCUCUUGGUCACGAUCGCCGAGGAGGACAAUCGAUCAUUGGUGGCUUUGCGUCGGGCGCCAAAAGAGCAAGCCAAGGAAGCUCUUCCUAAGAUAGUCGAGAAUUUGAGGGAGCUCGACUACUUCAAAGAGAAGGGAAACAUCGUCGGCGAGCUUGGUUUAUCGACAAUUCAGAAAUGCGCGGUGGCUCUUCUGAUGCUUGCCUAUGGAAUUGCAGGUGAUACACGGGAUGACUAUUCGCGCAUGGCAGAGUCCACGACCAUUGAUUGCAUGUAUAGAUUAUGUAGGGCAAUUGUGGCGGUGUUUGGAAAGACCUAUCUGCGCACAUCCAAUGCGGCUGACACAACUCGAAUCUUGGCACAAAAUGCGGAGAUUGAUUUUCCUGGGAUGCUUGGCAGCAUCCACUGUAUGCACUGGGCGUGGAAGAAAUAUCGAUUUUCACACCGAGGCAUGUAUAAGGGACAUAAGGGUGCAUGCAGUGUGGUUCUUGAGGCAGUGGCUGAUGACGACGCUUGGAUUUGGCAUGCAUUCUUCGGCAUGGCAGGAUCACACAAUGUGAUGAGGUGCUCGCAUGUGUUCCAGAAGCUUGUCGAAGGUAUUGCCCCUCCGGUGUAG